AUGACGACUAAAGGCGGAGACUGGAGGCGAGCAAUGGAGUGUAUGUGGGGCGCGGCAGAGCCUUGCUGGACGGAGCCGACGCCGGAAGCAAACACAAAGCGUGCGCCUGCGCAGUCCUACCGACAGCCGUCCAAGGGGAGCCCUGGAGACUGCCGCCAAGAAAAACAUCAGAGCCUGCCAAAAAAAGAAGAAACCGAGCAGAGCCAGAACAACAACAAGGAUCCACCACCUGGGUGCCGGUACACCUAUGGGAAACCUGCCCAUGGAAAAGUAGACCUCAAGUUAAGCAGGAGUCCAUCAUUCCAUGAAUACAUGAGUGGAAAGCUGACAGAAAUUGGAAUGGAGCACACGGGCCAGACAGACAAGACUGGCUGUUCCUUGUUCACCAUUAAUGCAACUGACAUUAAUAUGACUCAAGCAGGUUAUGGGAGCUCAGUUGAACUUUUUGUGGAAUUUGUCGAAGAAGAAACAGGAGCAACAAACACAGCAACACAUUCAUUGUCUCUCAGCAGCAAGGAGGUUUCAAUCAGCUUCGUCAACCUCAAUCCGUUCUACAAGCAGGGCUUUCCAUACACUGGCAAGAUGAAAGUUUCUGCUAACAGUAUACCUGUUCGGAAUGAGACUGUAUAUCUCAUGGUUGAGGUCCAUGAUGUAGAGACACACCUGCCGUAUGUCACAGAUGAGAAUGGGGAAGUCCACUUCUCCCUAGACACGACGAACUGGAACGGCACCCUGGUUUCCAUACGGGGCAGACAUUUCAUUGAAAAUGUAACCCAUGAUAUUGCCAGUAGUAUAAGGAUGCACCUGGAAGCAUUCAACUGGCUGAAGCCCUUCUACUCGGAGAGUAACAGCUUCCUUGAGAUCCAACACGUCGAGGAAAAGCUGCCCUGUGGAAAGGAUCAGGAAGUACUAGUGGAUUACAUAAUCGAUCGGAAAGAACUGGGCCCCGAGGCUGACCACGUGGAUUUCUAUUACUUGGUUGUCUCAAAGGGAAGGAUUGUUUCCAGUGGGCAGAAACAGGUGCCGAUUGGCCAGGGUGAAACACUGAAGGGCACCUUCUCCCUCUCUCUGCCCGUGAGCAUGGGUCUGGCGCCCACUGCCAGGCUUCUCCUGUAUGCCGUGUUCGCUGAUGGCGAGGUGUCGGCCGAUGUGGAUGUGUUCACCAUCGAGAUGUGUCUCCAGCAUCAGGUGUCAGUUGGCUUCUCUAAGGAGGAGGAUGUUCCAGGAUCGGAGGUCAGCCUGCAAGUAGAAGCCGCCCCUGGAGCACUGUGUUCUCUUCGAGCUCUGGACAAGAGUGUCACAUUGAAGGGAGAGAUAAAUAAACUAAUGGACCUACAACAGGUGAGAAAGCCCAUUCUUCCGAUCGCCUUUGAUACAGUCUCAGGAAGAGGGUUCAGUUACCGCUUGGAAGACUUCGAGCCGUACCCGUGUCUCCUUCGCCCGGGCCCCCAUCCGAGGCGCAAGCGGUCCCUGGGGCUGGCUCCCUGGUAUCAAAGCGAGGCAGACGUCUACAGUCUCUUCAAGCUCCUGAGAAUGAAAGUUUUCACCAACUGCAAGAUUAAAAAGCCCGUCUCCUGUGAGCACCCACUGUAUGAGAGGAUGCUUUUCAGAAGCAACACAGGUGAGAAUCCGAUGGAGGGAUCGAUGGAGGCCCCUUUUAUCCCUGUUGCCGUAGCUGACCGAGGGUCCCAGGCUCUCGACUCCGAAGCGAAGAAGGAGAAAGAGAAGUCCAAACCCAGGACGUACUUUCCUGAGACCUGGAUCUGGGAUCUGGUGCCAGUCAAUGAGGAGGGGAAAGCCUCUCGCUCGGUCACUGCUCCAGACACCAUCACGGAGUGGAGGGCUGACGCUUUCUGUGUGGCGGAUCUUGGCUUCGGCCUCGCCCAACCGGCCACCUUCCGGGUCUUCCAGCCCUUCUUUGUGGACCUGGCGCUGCCAUAUUCUGUAGUCCGUGGGGAGACCUUUGAACUCAAAGCCACGGUCUUCAACUACCUGAAGGACUGCAUCCAGGUGAACGUCCGGCUGGCGGAAUCGCAGCAAGUCGAGGUGAAGCCCUGCCCGACCUGCCCCUUCACCCUCUGCCUCUGCUCAGAGGAGGCUCAGACCUUCGCUUGGAACGUGACAGCGACGCAGCUGGGACACGUCAACCUCUCGGUAACCACCGAGGCUCAGGAGACACAGGAGCUGUGUGGCAACAGAAUCUCCGUGACGCCCCCACGUGGCCGCUCCGACACCGUGAUCAAGCCCCUGCUGGUCAAGCCAGAAGGCGUCCACAAGGAAGAGACCCACAAUGCAUUCCUCUGCUCUUCAGGGGAUGCUGUGGUGGAAGAAGUUUCUCUCAAGCUGCCCGAGAAUGUCGUGGAGGACUCUGGCCGAGCCGUCUUCUCCGUUAUUGGUGACAUUCUGGGCGCCUCGCUGCAGAAUUUAGACCGGCUGCUUGAGAUGCCCUACGGCUGCGGGGAGCAGAACAUGGUCAAGUUUGUUCCCAAUAUCUUCGUACUCCGGUACCUGGAGGCGACCAACCAGGCAACUCCUGAGAUCAAAGCCAAGGCCACGGAAUACAUGGAGAAGGGGCACCAGCGCCAACUGCUCUACCAGCACAGCAAUGGUUCCUACAGUGCCUUUGGCCAACGUGACACUGAGGGCAACACCUGGCUGACAGCUUUUGUGGCUCGGGCUUUUGGCCAGGCAAAAUCCUACAUCUUCGUUGACGAAAAGCACAUCCGAGAUACCGUCCACUGGUUGGAGGAACACCAGCGUCCCAGCGGCUGCUUUGAAAGUGUAGGAAGGCUCUUCAACAACGCCCUAAAGGGUGGGGUGGGCGACGAGUUCUCGCUGACGGCUUACGUGACUGCGGCCCUGCUGGAGAUCCACCUGGACCAGAAUGGUACCAUGGUCGAAGAUGCUUUAGCAUGUCUGAAGAGGAAUGUAAGCUUUGUGGAGGAUGCCUACCCCAGAGCCUUGCUGGCGUACGUCUUCACAUUGGCAGGGGACGCGGAGACACGGCAGCAGCUCCUGAGAGACUUAGGCGAACAGGCUGACCGAGAAGGAGUCGUGUCCUGGUCCGAUGUCGAGACAUCUGCUUACGCCCUCCUGGCGUACCUCUCUCAACCAGAGGUGUCUGCAGAUGACAUCAAAGAAGCCUCCCAGAUCGCAGCCGCCCUCGUUAAGGAGCAGAAUCCAUACGGGGGAUUUUCCUCCACGCAGGACACGGUGGUCGCCCUGCAGGCCUUAUCCCAGUACGCAGCCUUGACCUACCGUGAGACUGAAGGCGUCCGUGUGCUGGUGAAGUCCACCACGGGUUCCCAGCAAGAAUUCCACGUGGACAAGGGGAACCGGCUGGUGCUGCAGCAGGCGUCUCUCCCCGAGGUGCCCGGGCAAUACAAGGUGGAGGUCUCGGGGAGUGGCUGUGCAUAUGUGCAGAGCACUCUUCGCUAUAACCAGCCACCUGAAAAACGUGACGCUUUUACUCUGAGCGUGGAGACUUUGCCAAAGGAAUGCAACCAGACUACCAGGAAGUAUUUUGAUAUUCACCUACGAGUGAGCUACUCAGGACAGCGGGAGAGAAGCAACAUGGUCCUGUUGGAAGUGAACAUGCUCUCAGGAUACAUCCCCGUGAAGACAUCUGUGAAGAGGCUACUAGAGAAGCCUCUAGUGAAAAAGGUGGAAAUUGAACCUGACGCGGUCAGCAUCUACCUGGAUGAGCUGGAUAGUGACGAGCAACACUAUUUCUUCUCGGUGGAACAAGAAUUUGACGUGAGAGACCUGAAGCCAGUGGCAGUCAAGGUCUACGAUUACUACCACCCAGAUGACUAUGCGGUUGCUGAAUACAAUGCUCCGUGCAGUGCAG